UGGCUGGCGGGUCACGUGACGCGCCGCCUCUUUCCGGUUUCGUUCUUUUGUGAGGGUAGGUUGGCGAGCGACGAGCAGCGCGGAUCCGACUCCUGUGAUAACUUUCGGCGAAAAUGGCCCUUUUCCGACUGGCGACGACCCGAGUGUCGGGCACACACCUGUCUCCUGUUACCACCAUCUUCGUCCGCAACCUCUCCGAGAACACCGACCUGCGCGAUGUGCUUACCAAGAAGGUGCCGGUUGAGCAGGAAAAGGUCAAGGCCUUCCGCAAGCAGUACGGCGCCACCAAAGUCGGAGAAGUCAACGUUGACAUGAUGUAUGGUGGCAUGCGUGGCAUCAAAGGAUUGGUCACUGAGACCUCCGUGCUCGACCCCGACGAGGGCAUUCGUUUCCGAGGAUUCUCCAUUCCCGAGUGCCAAAAGCUGCUGCCCAAGGCUCCAGGUGGCAGCGAACCCCUUCCUGAAGGUCUCUUCUGGCUCCUCGUCACUGGCGAUGUGCCCUCUGAAAGCCAGGCAAAAGCUUUGUCCAAGGAAUGGGCAAACCGCGCUGACCUGCCCUCCCACGUGGUCACCAUGCUGAACAACUUCCCCGCCAACUUGCACCCAAUGUCCCAGUUCAGCGCCGCCAUCACCGCCCUCAACUCUGAGAGCAAAUUUGCCAAGGCCUACGCCGACGGUGUGCACAAGGCCAAAUAUUGGGAGUACGUUUAUGAAGAUUCCAUGGAUCUGAUUGCCAAGCUGCCCGUCGUAGCUGCCACCAUUUACCGUAACAUGUUCCGCGACGGAAAGGGAGUUGGUGCCAUCGACACCAACAAGGACUGGAGUUACAACUUCUCUACCAUGCUGGGCUACGACAACCCUGAGUUCAUCGAACUCAUGCGCCUGUACCUGACCAUCCACAGUGACCACGAGGGUGGCAACGUCAGCGCCCACACCGUUCACCUUGUGGGCUCUGCCCUCUCCGACCCCUACCUCUCAUUCGCCGCUGGCCUGAACGGUCUGGCCGGCCCUCUGCACGGCCUCGCUAACCAGGAGGUGCUUAUUUUCCUGACCAAGGCUCAUGCCGAGCUUGGUGGUGAUCUUUCCGACGAGAAGCUGAAGGAGUUCAUCUGGAAGACUCUCAAGUCGGGCCAGGUGGUGCCUGGAUAUGGUCAUGCUGUCCUCCGCAAGACUGAUCCCCGCUACACAUGCCAGCGUGAAUUCUCCCUGAAGCAUUUGCCCGACGACAAGAUGUUCAAGCUGGUGUCGCAGCUGUACAAGCUGGUGCCACCCAUCCUCAUGGAGACUGGCAAGGUCAAGAACCCCUGGCCCAAUGUGGAUGCCCACUCUGGCGUCAUCCUCCAGUAUUAUGGCCUGAAGGAAAUGAACUACUACACAGUGUUGUUCGGCGUUUCUCGUGCUCUCGGCACGCUCGCUUCUCUCAUCUGGGACCGCGCCCUUGGCCUGCCCAUCGAGCGUCCCAAGUCCAUGUCCACAGAAGGUCUGCAGAAGCUGGUCGGCGCCACCAAGUAGACGCUGGCGACGGCUGGAAACACCUACACUUGAAAUCCAGUGACCAUCGAUAUAUCUUUGUACUUAUUCGAACAUUUAGUCGAGAAGCUUUCAAAGCCAGGUAGCUAGCGAAUUGCAUCUCAAAGUAGUGGCCCCUGAGCAAAAGCAAUUCGGUAAAUCAGCCCAAUCGGCUGAGACAAUAACACACACCAACCACUCAAAAUUUCCUCAAAAUUGAACUGCAGGGAUUGGGUUACUCAUUAUGUUAAUUUGGCUCCCACUUGCUGUAAUUAUUAUUUAUCGCCCGAUAUUUAUUUGUGCUGUAUGAUUGUAAAGUAGGAUAUAUUUAUUUUUCAGCUGAAUGAGAACACCAUCCUCUUACCACUUACUUGAAAUUAAAUUUAUUUUUGCUCACGCUGCACUUGCCAUUGUUAUCGUUGUUUGUGUCGCAGGAUUUUAGUACAAAUGACUGUAUAUAAUGCAAUAACUGUUUCCUCCUACUUCUGUAUUUAUUGUUCACCAGUGAAGAUGACUACGCCAAUGUGGAGAUCACCAACCAGUAAUAAAAAGCGAGGCAAAUUUGCAAA